AUGCCCAAUUCAAGCCAGAUCAGAUACUCAGGUCCUCAGGCUCUGGACGAAGUUGAGCUCGCCAGAAAGCCGCUCCUUGCGCUCCACCAGUUCUUCAAUCAUUCUGCCCAUGCGUUGAGGCUGAAAAUGGGCAUGUUCGACAGUGACUCUCGAAACUUGCAUCUUCACAUCUUUGUGGAUCCAUCUUCUAAGCGAGAUGCGACAAUGGAACUCGUCAUCGAAUAUGUGAUGAGAAUCGACAGCACCCCCAACGAAACUAUCACCAUUGUCCCCUUUGACGAUAUGGAAGACGUGGACUUGUUAAUUUCCCGACUUCGACGAGCAUUAGCCACAGGGAUCUACUAUGUGCGGUGCCAUCUGGAGGAGGAAACAGCCCUUUUCCUCGUGCGACCAAAUUUCGUCGAGGGUUCCGUCCGGAUGUCUAGCCAUUCGAAGCUCCUUCUUGGGGACGAAGAUCCCGGGGUCUCGCGCAGUCAAUUUUCUCUUGCCGAAAAAGUCUAG